AAGAUGAGACACAUCAGCAACGCGUCACCCGAUAACGAAGAAACAUAGGACAAACUUUGCUCGGCUCGUUCAGUGCCGUUGAUAAGCAUCGAUCGACGCGAACGGGCGGCUCGCUUCUUUUUGUGCUCGUGGAUAAAAUGAACAUGGAACUGGGAUCGAGGGACCUGUCUCGUUUCCAUCCACCCUAUAGAUCGAUGGUAUUGGUCCACGAAAGUUCCAUAAAAUCGCGUGUGCGACGACGGGAAAGACGGGAACGAGGCGGUAAGAGAGGGAGAUAACGUCUGCUGUGCUGUUACCACGAAUAUUUGUUUUUCCCGUGUGCUGCCGUGUACGCGGGCGUUUACUAUCUGCGUCUCUUUGGUGGGUUUCGUUCCUUUCAUCCACAGCCGCAUCGAUUAAAAGGAGCCAGCGGAAAGGGCACCGCGGCCCGAAUUUAUUUUGCGGAUGUGCAGUUUUUUCCCGUACGGUCCGAGAGUUUCGUCAGCGAUACGAUGACGGAUGAGAACCAAUUAAAGUCGACGAUCGACGGUUUUCUGCCGUUCUUGCAGAGCAUUGAGUGGAGGGACCCAUGGCUUGCCUUAUUAUUGACGUUCCAUAUCGUUGUCACAAUGACUGCAUUAAUGACGAGAAACCAUGCCAAUUUUCAAAUUAUGUUAUUCCUUGCUCUGUUACUUUUAGUAUAUUUUUCCGAAAGCAUCAAUGAAGUUGCUGCAUGUAAUUGGAUGCUAUUUUCAAGGCAACAGUAUUUCGACUCUAAAGGACUCUUCAUAUCAGUAGUAUUUUCUGUGCCUAUCUUGAUGAAUUGUAUGAUUAUGAUUGCUAGUUGGCUUUAUCAAUCCAGUCAAUUAAUGACCAGUCUGAAGAGAGCCCAAUUAAGGCAACAAGCAAGGAAUCUACAAAUUGAAGACGAAUCUACAAAUGCAAACGGCGCCGUUGUAAGGGAAAAGCAGGAAUAAAGUUUCUAGUCCGGCGACAAGAAGUGUAAAAACAAAAGAAUGAGAAUGUACAUUACCGAAACACAAGCACUAGCUUACUCUCGCCACAAACAAAGUGGUAUAUCACGGCAUUAUGAAAUUCGGCAAAUGUUAUUUAAGAAAGAUAGCAUUUUCUAAAAAGCUGAUGCCGACAUAGUCAUUACUGUAAUUCAUAUUGAAGUUGACUAUUUAAACUGUCGGUAAGCUGUACUUCCAAUCUCGUACUAUAUGUGUAUGAUGUUAUUGAUUAGAAUGCAAGUAUGAAAUUUUAAGUAUAACUUAUUCCAUAAUUAAUCGAAUACUGAAAUGUGAGAACCAUGGAAAAUUAUGUGUUCUAUAAAUGGAUAUUAUCUUAUAUUAAGGUACAUUCCGACAAUUCUCUGCUUUUAUUUAAACGUUAAAAUAUUCGUUGCAACUCAAAGUGUUCUUAAUAUAUUUACCAGUGUACUUAUUAUUGUAAUAUGCAUUGCUUCUAGGAAAAAAAAUUGAUAUGACACGGCAUAAUUAGAUAAUUAUGGUUCUAGGUACAUAUAUAUGUAUGCAUGUAUGCGUGAAUGAGUAUACAUUUUUUAGGAAAAAAAAAAAUUGCUGUCCCAAUCAAGGAAUAUCGCGCUUAUAUUUGCAAUCAGUGAAAACAUCCUUAUGCUGUAUAUUUGUGUAAAUCAGAGAAGAUUUUUC